CUCUCGCCCUCGCCCCGCCGCCGCCGCCCCUCGCCGCCGUCUGCAACGGCGCUCCGCCCCGAGUCCCUUGCGGCCCCCCAGCCAUGGCGGCCGCAUCCGCCACCCGCCGCGGCCUCACCGCGCUCCUCCUCUCCUCCUCCUCCCGCGCGCUCCCCCGCCGCCUCGCCCCGCUCGCCGCCGCAGCUGCCUCCGCCCACCUCGCCCCGUGGGCGCUGCUCGCGUCGCGCGGGGCCAAGACCGCGUCGUCCGGUGGGUCCGGGUACUCGCCGCUGAACGACCCCUCGCCCAACUGGAGCAACCGCCCGCCCAAGGAGACGAUCCUCCUCGACGGCUGCGACUACGAGCACUGGCUCAUCGUCAUGGAGUUCCCCACCGACCCCAAGCUGACUGAGGAGGAGAUGAUCGAGGCCUACGUCAAGACCCUCACCGCCGUCGUUGGAAGUGAGGAGGAAGCAAAGAAAAAAAUCUACUCUGUGUGCACUACAACAUAUACAGGAUUUGGUGCAUUAAUUUCAGAGGAGUUAUCGUACAAAGUUAAAGGAUUGCCGGGAGUUCUGUGGGUGUUACCUGAUUCAUAUCUGGAUGUACCUAACAAGGAUUAUGGAGGUGAUCUAUUCGUAGAUGGCAAGGUCAUACACAGACCUCAAUUCCGAUUUACCGAGAGGCAGCAGGUACGGAGUAGACCUCGUCCUCGCUACGACAGGCAACGGGAGACUGUCCAAGUCGAACGAAGAGAAACUAUGCAAAGAGGCCCUUCGACGCAGCAGCAGAGGCCACCAUUUCCACAAGAGGCCGCUCAGAAUCCGCAGCAAGGCUAUGAAACCAUGCCACCAGGAGUAGGAAAAUAACUUCAUCUAGAGUUUAGGCAUGGAGGUGACUUUGUUAAUACUAUACUUCUGCCAGACAUUUCUUGAGCUAAAUCUCAUGACUAUUCUUGUAGCUUAUGACUGGAACAUGUAACUUAAUGCCUGGCUGCUGGACACGAGCCCUUGUAGUCCUAUUUUUUUUGGUUCCUGGAGUUUUAAUUUGACAGUGUCCGAAGAAGAACCUCCUCUGUAUCACUCUUAAAAAUUCGUUUGUGCUUGCCGUUGCUGGCUUCAUGCAUAA